AUGAGGCUCGACGCAACAGAUCUACGCUAUAUCACCACGGAUCAGUUCCGGGUGCUCACCGCUGUGGAAAUGGGAUCCAAAAACCAUGAAGUCGUCCCUACGCCUCUCAUCGCGCAGAUAUCUGGGCUAAGGAGUGGCGGAGUCAACAAAUGCAUAGGAGAGUUAGCAAAGAGGAAUCUGGUGUCCAAGGUACAAAACUCGAAAUACGAUGGAUAUAGGUUGACAUACGGAGGUUACGAUUACCUGUCGAUGCGUGCUUUAUCCAAACGGGAUUCGAUGUACUCCGUAGGCAACCAAAUAGGUGUAGGGAAGGAAUCCGACAUCUACGUGGUUGCCGAUGCCGAGGGGAAUCAAAUGGUCUUGAAACUCCACCGGUUAGGACGAGUUUCCUUCAGAGCGAUCAAAACGAAGCGCGAUUACUUGGGCAAACGCAAGUCUGCUUCAUGGAUGUAUUUAUCUCGUCUUUCCGCACAAAGGGAGUGGGCAUUCAUGAAAGUUCUGCACGAGCAUGGGUUCCCAGUGCCAAGGCCGAUCGACCAAACCCGUCACUGCGUGCUCAUGGAGCUCAUAGACGCGUACCCGUUACGUCAAGUCGCGGAAGUUGAAUCUCCCGGAAAGCUGUACUCAGAGCUCAUGGAUCUCAUCGUCCGCCUUGCGCGUGCGGGGCUUAUUCAUGGAGAUUUCAAUGAAUUUAAUAUCUUGAUCCGGCGAACCACUGGAGAGCCAGUGAUCAUUGAUUUUCCACAGAUGGUCAGUACCUCGCAUGAAAAUGCAGAAUGGUAUUUCAAUCGCGACGUGGAAUGCAUACGAACCUUCUUCCGCAGACGCUUCCAGUAUGAGAGCAAGUUAUACCCCCGGUUUACCAGCACAUUGCGCGAAGGGGCCGACCCUAGCAAGAACGAGGAAGCUUUCAGGCUCGAUGUCGCAGUCGCUGCUAGUGGGUUCAAACGGAAAGAUCUCGAAGCCCUCGAAGAAUAUGUAUCCGCAUACAGAGACGAAGCGGAGUCCGAUUCGCAAGAUAGCGAGGAAUAUGACGAGGAAACAAGUGGGAGUGAGCAUGACGAUGGAGUGCACUCCAACGAUGAAGUUACCGGUCAAGCGGACGAGGCAGGUGCGGGGUUUUCGGAAACGAGGGAUCCCGAAGUAUCUGCUAGCCGAUCUGGUUCGCCUUCACCCUCUCGACUGGAGGAGCAAGCUGCAUCCCUCUCAAUUUACGGCGUAUCAUCUGCGAGGCCUGAGGAUGAAGCAUCGUCCGAAAGUUCCGAUGAAGAAUCGCGAGUCAAGGACAAGGUCGCCUUGGAGGUCAAGAAACUCAGAAAUCGGCAGCAAACUAAACAUCACUCUAAGAAAGGUUUCAGGAGCGGAGGGCGGUCGAAAGGCAGCAAGGCAAAGCAGGACCCUCGGGUAAAGCUAGGUACGGGAUGGGACUGAGAUAUGUGCCCGCUACCCUCGCAUGUGGGGAUCAAUAAUGGACGGUGGUACCAACAUGAGAUACCCAUUCCGAGUACUCGUUCCUGAGUACUAUAGCAAAUGCAUACAGCGAGACUCUGGCAGCAACGUUUGAUGCACGGCCAGAACGACAAGAUGGUGGUCCACCUGUGGAUGAUUGAACACUCCACGUACUUACUGUGACAUUGUAUUGGCAUAUCG